AUGUCCUGCACGAUAAACACCAACAAACCGGAAGAGAAUGGCCCUGAGGGAGACGCAGGGAAGCCCAAGGUCAAAGAUGAGUUUAAAGACAUUUCCAUAUACUUCUCCAAAGAAGAAUGGGCAGAGAUGGGAGAGUGGGAGAAAAUUCGCUAUAGAAAUGUGAAAAGGAACUAUAAAAUGCUGAUUUCUAUAGGUCUCAAAGCCCCUAGACCAGCUUUCAUGUGUCACCAAAGGCAAGCAAUCAAGCCCCAGAUAGAUGACAGUGACGAUUCUGAUGAGGAAUGGACACCCAGUCAGCGAGUUAGUCCUCCUCGGGUGCCUUUCCGGGUGAAGCACAGCAAACAACAGAAGGAAAUGCCUAGACUGCCAUUAAGUAAUGAGUCUAAUGUGAAGGAAGUGUCUGGAAUAGAAGAGUUGCUGAAUACAGGUGGCUCAGAACAUGCCCAGAAACCAGUGUCCUCUCCUCCAGAAGGAAACACCUCUGGACACCAAUUGAGUAAGAUGAAGCUGAAACUCAGGAGAAAGAAUGCUGAAGUAAAGAUGUACAGUCUGCGAGAGAGAAAGGAUCUUGCGUACAAAGAGGUCAACGAGCCCCAGGAUGAUGACUAUCUCUAUUGUGAGAAGUGCCAGAAUUUCUUCAUCCACAGUUGUCCCAAACAUGGGCCUCCUGUAUUUGUAAAAGAUAGUGUGGUGGACAGGGGGCAUCCCAACCGCUCAGUCCUCAGUCUGCCCCCUGGGCUGAGAAUCGGUCCAUCUGGCAUCCCUGAGGCUGGACUUGGAGUAUGGAAUGCAGCGUCCGAUCUGCCAGUGGAUCUGCACUUUGGCCCCUAUGAGGGCCAGAUCACAGAGGAUGAAGAGGCAGCCAACAGCGGAUAUUCCUGGCUGAUCACCAAGGGGAGAAACUGCUAUGAGUAUGUGGAUGGACAGGAUGCGUCCCAAGCCAACUGGAUGAGGUACGUGAACUGUGCCCGGGAUGACGAUGAGCAGAACCUAGUGGCCUUUCAGUAUCAAAGGCAGAUCUUCUACCGAACCUGUCGGGUCAUCAGGCCAGGUUGUGAGCUUCUGGUCUGGUAUGGGGAUGAGUAUGGCCAGGAGCUUGGCAUUAAGUGGAGAAGCAAGGCGAAGAAAGGAUUCACAGCAGGAAGAGAACUAAGGACAGAGGUCCAUCUUUGUCUUCUGUGCUCUUUGGCCUUCUCAAGUCAGAAAUUCCUCAGUCAACAUGUGAAAUGGAAUCAUUCCACUCAGAUCUUACCAGGAGCGCCCGCAAGGAUAAACCCCAAACCAGGGCAUCUCUGUCCAGAUCAGCUUCAGGAACAGCAACAUUUUGAUCCACGCAACAAAAAUGAUAAGGCCAGAAAUCAAGAAGUCAAAGGAAAGUCCAAACCCAUGCUUAAGUGGACAACAGCUUUCCCCAGCACACUCAAAGGACAAAUGAGAUCUGAGGAAAGUAAGAGAACUAUGGAAGAAGAGCUCAGAACAGGCCAGAAAACAAAUACAGAAGACACAGUCGAAUCACUUAUUAGAUCAGAAAUCUCAAGAAUUGAAGGAGAAUGUGGGCAAUGUUUCAGUGAUAAGUCAAAUGUCAAUAAGCACCAGAGGACACACAAAGGGGAGAAGCCCUAUGUCUGCAGGGAGUGUGGGCAGGGCUUUACACAGAAGCCACACCUCAUCCUUCACCAGAGGACACACACAGGGGAGAAGCCCUAUGUCUGCAGGGAGUGUGGGCGGGGCUUUACACAGAAGCCACACCUCAUCCUUCACCAGAGGACACACACAGGGGAGAAGCCCUAUGUCUGCAGGGAGUGUGGGCGGGGCUUUACACAGAAGCCAAGCCUCAUCAGUCACCAGAGGACACACACAGGGGAGAAGCCCUAUGUCUGCAGGGAGUGUGGGCGGGGCUUUACACAGAAGCCAAGCCUCAUCCGUCACCAGAGGACACACACAGGGGAGAAGCCCUAUGUCUGCAGGGAGUGUGGGCGGGGCUUUACACAGAAGCCACACCUCAUCCUUCACCAGAGGACACACACAGGGGAGAAGCCCUAUGUCUGCAGGGAGUGUGGGCAGGGCUUUACAGUGAAGCCAAGCCUCAUCAGUCACCAGAGGACACACACAGGGGAGAAGCCCUAUGUCUGCAGGGAGUGUGGGCAGGGCUUUACAGUGAAGCCAAGCCUCAUCCGUCACCAGAGGACACACACAGGGGAGAAGCCCUAUGUCUGCAGGGAGUGUGGGCGGGGCUUUACAGUGAAGCCAAGCCUCAUCCGUCACCAGAGGACACACACAGGGGAGAAGCCCUAUGUCUGCAGGGAGUGUGGGCGGGGCUUUACAGUGAAGCCAAGCCUCAUCCGUCACCAGAGGACACACACAGGGGAGAAGCCCUAUGUCUGCAGGGAGUGUGGGCGGGGCUUUACACAGAAGCCAAGCCUCAUCCUUCACCAGAGGACACACACAGGGGAGAAGCCCUAUGUCUGCAGGGAGUGUGGGCGGGGCUUUACAGUGAAGCCACACCUCAUCCUUCACCAGAGGACACACACAGGGGAGAAGCCCUAUGUCUGCAGGGAGUGUGGGCGGGGCUUUACAGUGAAGCCAAGCCUCAUCAGUCACCAGAGGACACACACAGGGGAGAAGCCCUAUGUCUGCAGGGAGUGUGGGCGGGGCUUUACAGUGAAGCCAAGCCUCAUCCGUCACCAGAGGACACACACAGGGGAGAAGCCCUAUGUCUGCAGGGAGUGUGGGCGGGGCUUUACACAGAAGCCAAGCCUCAUCCUUCACCAGAGGACACACACAGGGGAGAAGCCCUAUGUCUGCAGGGAGUGUGGGCGGGGCUUUACAAUGAAGCCAAACCUCAUCCGUCACCAG